UGUAGAAUUUUAUAAAUGCAAGAGUCAAUAAAUAUUUAUCGUUAUUAAAAUGAGAGAAUGAAGGAUAGUAAUUCAGGGUUGCUCUUUGCUAUUUUAUAUGAGUUAUCAGCAUGUUUGCGAUCUUGGUAUGCCGCCUUCUUAUAUAGGUAAUUCAGAAGUAUUUAGGCACAUUCUUUGAACUUGGGUUGCUGGAAUUUGAAAUUUCAGGGAAAUUUGUCAGAGAGAUGGUUUUGAGACUGUACAAGCAGGCUUGGCCUGGUUGCAUAUUGUAUUGAUAUUCCGGAAUCUGAACAACAUCUACUACUAUUACUGGGGUUCAUACUCCAUAUCUGAGUUAUAGGUUUGGUGUUCUUUGCAAUCUACACAUUGCUCUGAUGAAUUUUCAAAACGAAACACUCAACAGGCACCACAUCUGCCUGAGCACAUUAUGUAACAAUCUUUAACCCAAAAAAGUGUAUAAUGUUUCUGGAAACUUAUGUUUUUAUAUUCUAAUGUGUUUUUAUCAUUCCUCCGUGGUAGAGUCUUCUGAUAUCAUAAAAGAUAAUUAUUCCUGAUACUUUAAGCCAUAGUGGUUGUGGUGACAUUUUUGCUGACGCAGAUAUGUCAUUCAACUAUUUUAUAUACUGUGUCAGAGUGCUGAUUAAAGGAAACCUCGUGGUUGAAGAAAGGAUAAUUUUUUCAUUGUAAAUCUGAUGUUUUAAUGAAUUUUGAUGGUAUUUACUAGUAAAUAAAAUUAUCGAAAUUUACUCUGUCGACAGGCUGAUUCUAUCGAACACUCCGAGCUCACAGAGAACCUGAGCAGAAUUAAAAUCAUGUUUGAGCAUUAGUUAUAUGGAUAUAACGAGAGAAGGCACGAGGAAGAGUUCCUUUGGCGGUAAAGGUUCUGAUUUUAUUUGUGUCAAUUAUU